AAAGGGUUGACCCUCAAAUAUCUUCAUUAACCAAAUUUGAGUAAAGAUAAUCAGCAUUGUACCACUGGUGGUGAGAAGUGAGCAGGUGGUGAGCAGCAGGAUGCUGGUAUGUUCGGGUGGCAGGGUUUCGCACUUUGGACAACUGGUACAAAAAGUGGCGAGAAGUGCAAGAUUCCAAGAAGAAGAAUUGCAACGAAAAUAUGGCUUACCUCUAGGGCGAUGUCUUAAUCCUAGCAGUAGCAAAUAUGACUCAACGGUUAAAGAUUUAACUAAUCUUUUAAAUAGUCUUCCGCUAGAUCUAAAGUUGGAUUGUGUAUUUGAUGAAUGGAAAUUGCUACAGUUAGAGGAAGAGCCUCAAGAAGGAGAUGUUAGAGUAGAAGAAUGUUGGAACUACUAUUUUGAAAAAACGAAUCAUGCAGGCGAAAUAAAAUAUCCUUCAGUUCAAACUUUAUUUAAGGUAGCGUUAAGUAUUAACCAUGAAAGCGCCGAAGUUGGAAGAGGAUUCUCGUCUAAUCAAGUAAUGUGUGAGCUAAGAACAAAUAUGAAAGAAAAAAUGCUAAAUUCACGGCUCAUUAUUUGCGACGCAUUAAAAAUUUAUGACAAUAAGCCAGAACUUGUGCCCAUUAGAAAAAAUUUAAUAGCAAUGGCACGAGUUGCUUACAAAAAAUAUAAUAUGAGUUUAGAAGAAGAAAGAAAAAGAAGAAAACAAAAGGAAAAUGAUGAAAAUGCUUUAAAAAGUUAUUGCAAGAAGAAAGAUUAA